AUGUCUGCGCCCUCAAUACCGAACCUUCUCUCGUUGCGAGGCGGUCGCGGAGGACGAGGCGGCGCCCUUCGCUCACGUCGAGGCGGCGGUCCAGGCACUACUGGCGCCUAUCACGACUCGACGAUUCAAGGCACAGACACGGACGCCGCUGUGUCGCGGCUCAGUGCCGUUGACGCCGGCUACCUAGAGGAUCCUUAUGCGGCAUUUUUUGUUUCGCGGAUGGAUGGCCCCCCGCAGAGACGGUUUCCCAUCAUUAAUCGAGGCACCUAUACCCGGACUUCGGCGCUGGACGGGCUCAUUGAGUCGUUUCUGUCACCCGCGGCAGGAGACGCAGCCAGAUCAUCAGAGCGACAGAUCAUUUCUCUAGGGGCCGGCACAGACACUCGUCCUUUUCGCCUCUUUGCGAAAGCCGGGUGUCCCGAGCUCACAUAUCACGAAAUCGACUUUGACGUGACGAGCCGCAAAAAGCUUCAAAUUGUACAAGGAAACCCACAGCUCUCACGCUUAUUAACCAACCCGUCGACGAAAAGUCCGCGGACAUGGGCAGCACAACCUAUACACGAUAGUAGCGAGUACUACUGUCACGGCAUGGAUCUACGGGAGCUCGACGGCAGCAUCACAGACCCUCUAGACGGCCUUCGGACAGAUAUUCCGACGUUGGUACUAUCAGAGUGCUGCUUGUGCUACCUCAAAACCGAAGAGGCAGAGAGAGUCUUGCGCUACUUUACGUCGAGGAUCGCCAACGCUGCCACCAUCAUCUACGAGCCUGUGCAUCUCGACGACGCCUUUGGCAAUACCAUGGUGUCCAACCUUGCAGCGCGCAAUGUUCAUAUGCCGGGCAUGGAUCGCUACAGAAAUGCCAAGGAUCAAAUACAGCGGCUGCAUGAUGCAGGUUUUGGCGCUGCAGAAUGCAAGUCUGUCGAGGCCAUUUGGGAGUCGUGGAUCGACGCAUCGGAAAAGGAGCGCGUGGACCAGCUGGAAGGCUUAGAUGAAGUGGAAGAAUGGAAACUACUUGCUGGGCAUUAUAUUGUUGCGUGGGGAGUGAAAGGCCAAGGGCUCGGAACUCUGCUGCAGCCAAGUACAUGA